AUGUCGGUUAUCAGCCCUUUCGCCCAGGCUAUCGAUGAGUAUCUCCACAACUUGAAACUCAGCGAUCGUGAGAAUCCUUUCUAUAAGGAAGUUUUGCUUUCACGCUCAGUCUUGGCUCUUGGUGAGAAGCCAAAUGGCACACAGCAAUGCGCAGACGAACUGCUGGAGUUUGUCAAAACUCUUGAAACGCAGAAAAGGUCUUCUGGCUCCAUCAAAGUCCUUGAACGAUUGCAGCCUUUUGUAAAUGGUCUGCAGGGUAUGCUGGAGGCUUGUCAAGUGUUGUUGAAUGCCAGUCCCUUCUCAGUUGGUGUUGCAUUUGUGGGCGCGAAGCUUGUCUUGGGGUUAGCACAAAAGACCAACGCAAUAUUCGAGGAGAUCUCCGAUGCAAUGAGCGAAAUCGGAAAUUCUUUAAUGUGCUACGCCAAAAUAUCCCUUGCGUAUGAAACCUCCAAUGAAGUCCGUGCAUGUUUGGUCGCCUCAUAUAAGAACAUUGUCACUUUUUGGGCUACAGCAGCGAAGAUUCUCUCCCAAAACGUACUACUUAGUACAAUUAAGAAGGCAUUUACACCGCUCUCCGACAUCGUGGGUCAGACUGUGAAGACUUUACGACGAGAUUGCAACAGAGUUAUGGAUAUAGCUCAAGCAGAGGAAGCAGUUCAUUCCAACGAAGACAGAAAGCGUGCAAAGGCAGAACAAGAAAGACAGCUAAGAGAAGGAAUUUUUAAUUGGAUCAGCGCGGGCGACGAUCUUGAUGUACGAAGCGAUCUACAGGUGAAUUCUGAUCGACGACACGGCAAGACUGGCACUUGGCUCUUCAAAAAUCCACAGUUUCAGCGGUGGUCAGACAAGAACUCGCCGGAUAAUAUAUUCUGGUACAACGCACCGCCAGGCUCUGGAAAGACCGUGCUUUCUUCAACGGUAGUGACUCAGUUUUCCGACAAAGGUCUUCCCACCGCUUGUUUCUUUUACUCAUUUAAUGAUUUCAAGAAGAGAGAACCACUGACGGGGCUUCGAGCUCUUGCCUUCCAGUUGCUCAAUAUGCUUAAAACCGGCAUUCCAGAUAGGGUAAUCGAGCUCUACAAAGAGGAACUGGCCCGCCAUGAGCCCAAGAUGAGGUUGCCAGGACUCGUCAUUGAAGUUUUACAUCAACUCUUGAAGCAAUGCCCUCUGGUCUAUUUAAUCGUGGAUGGACUGGAUGAAUGUUCGGAUGACCGUACACUCUGUCGCUUGCUUUCUGAUAUUACUUCUGCGCCUGUCUACGGUACCACAAAGUGGUUCUUCGCAAGCCGCCCUGAUGGGGAAAUCAAGGGCAUGAUGAAGCAAUUGAAAGCACUGACAAUAUCACCACCAAUAUCCACCUUGCGCGCCGAGAUUCGUUGUUUUCUGGCCGACGGGCUAGAAACAGUAACCACUGACAUGGAUGAAAUCGAAAACUUCGUCGACUAUAGCGAAGGAAGCUUUCUAUACUCUCAGUUCUUGCUCAAUACGUUAAGGGGAGAAGGCGUGACCUGUGAUGAUGACAUUACAGAGGCAUUAAAUGGGUUUCCUAAGGGAUUAUCCGGGUUCUACAUGCGCAGUUUGCUGAAAUUAUGCGACAAAACCGACGGCCAACAAGAUCUCGUAAGACGAAUAUUCAUAAUUCUAUCCGUUGCUCGCAAGUCAAUCACCUGGAAUGAACUUUGCAAUGCACUUGCGAUUCGACGCGGGGCUUCAGAUCACUCAGCAGGACGUCAGCCUCAUGAAGAACAAGUGUAUAGACUUUGUGGAUCACUGCUUUCAUUUGACCGCUCAUCCAAGGGCAGUGAGCAUAAUCCAACUGUCAAGUUUUAUCAUAAAACGAUUUCUGACUUCCUCCGCCAAAACCCGGACGAUCUUCUCAUGGAAAAAUCUUUCAGCCAAGAUCAGCAUAAAUUUCCACUCAUCCGGAAGUUUUUUAUUGACCCAAUCAGCGCAUCUGCGCAGAUUGGACUCGACUGCGUUACCCUCUUACAAUACCAGCGCUACAAGUCCUUCAAGGACAUACCAAACGCUUUGGGAUGUGACAAGAUCGAAGACGCCUUUUUGAAAUAUGCCGCUUCCUUUUGGCACAUCCAUCUCUUCGAUAAGACCAAUAAUAGUCGAGAGACGUUCUGGGAAGUGCAGAGGUUCAUGCAAAGUCCAAAUUUUUGGACCUGCAUAGCCGUUCAAAGCUACACUGCCCCUUUUCUAUUUGGCCGCUAUGCGGAAGUAUCAGAUGGUUGUUACCUGAUGGGCCUUCGUCGAGAAGACCUGAAUGGGGACUACUGCUUCGGAGUCCCACUACCUAGCUGGGUGAAAGAUCACUGCAGCCAUGGACUAGAAAUGGAUAAUGAUUUUUGUUCCUUCCUACACGAUUGGCAUGAAGUUCUGGCUUCUCGACCUGGGGCUCUAGAUCAAUGCGUUCCAUUGAGAGCUAUGAAAUCCAAACUCGGAACAAACUUUCACCACUCUGAGAGAAUACGCAUCUGGAGAGCGAGUGAAAAGAUGCACCUUGAGGAUGUCUCCAAUCUUCAUUUCAGUUCCGUCACUCUUUCCAAAGGAAAGCUAUUCGUGGACCUGGUCACUCGACAGAGCAACGAACCUUCUGGCCUGUGUCAUUACCAUCGGGUCCCAAUAUUCUGCAAAGACUCGAAAUUCCACGAGGGAUUUAAUAUGGACCUCGGCAAAUCGAACUCGGACUCAAAUUCUGACUCUGGAUAUGACGGUCAGCACGAAAAUCCAUGUGGUAAAGCUGAAGACCCAGAAAAGAUAGCAACGGAAUGGGCAAUCAUUGCCCUCGAUCCAUUCCCACCUGUCUGGAUCCCACUGGCCUUGGGAAAUCGGCAUCGUGGUGGUGUUGCGUAUGCAAUCCACCCGUCUUCACCUAUGAUCAUCCUUGACUCCACUGAUGGUCAGACUAUAAUAGCCAAUCUCGACACUGGAAAUUGGCACAUUGCAAAAGACCUUAUAGAUGCCGAAGAUCCUGGUACAGCUAUACUGUCACAGCAGCUGCGUUUUUCUCCCGAUGGAAAGUUUCUUCAUUCUCUACGUGCUUCCUUCACUCAAGAACCAAACAAUUCCACGUGUCAAUUGACGCUUUCCACCCGACCAUUCAUUGAAGACAGCAAGGAGAAAGAUCUCCCAAAUGCUCUAAGCUCUUCUCAACAACACAUUGUGUACAAAUUUUCAGAAAAUCUGGAAAGCCUCUCGUCCGACUUCUUCCUUGCACACUGGGGAGAUAAGGAGGUGGUGGUCGCACUUCCCUCUCUCACCUGCGAGCCAAAAUUCAUCAAGUUUGAUUUACGCCAAACAAGAAUUGAGACGAACAGUGACGAAGUCCCAGUGCAAACACUCAUAAAUCCCAUAUACUUCCCAUCUUCAACAGUGAAAGCUCACCCAAUUUUGCUGUACCGACACAGAACUUCGCCUAAGGACCACGAGAUGUUCUUAUGUCUGACUCAAAGAACGGAGCCUAGUAAGGCUCAGCUGGAGGAUGAAGAAAUAGAGGAUGUCACUUCAUCGCCUGUGGUAAUUCGCUGGAAGAUUCCACAUGGCCGUGGGUGGCGGGCUUGGGAUUCGGAAAGUGAUGGGGUGUCUGAAGAUUUGAGAAGUGACAUGAAUAAUUAUAAGGCGCUACGCGGCGCAUUUGUUGAUGGGGACAGGGAAUUUACUGUUCCCAUUCGGAGUGGUUUGAAUUGGACCCGGAAUGCCUUUUUGUCAUGUUCUUGA